AUGGUGGAGAUCCAUGAGGAAAAGGGCUCGAACUUUCCCAGGGAACCGGGGGGCGUCCCCGCGGCGCCUCCGCACCCCCUCCCCCCGCAAAGCCCCGGUGGUGCCCGAGGGAACGCGCCGCGGCCCUCGCUCCUGUCCUCCUCCUCCUCCUCCAAACCCGGGCGGGGACCCCAGCAAGCACCCGGUGCACAGCGCCCGCCAGGCCCCUCGCCCCAGCCCCUAAAGCCAGGCUCCGAGAUCGGGGUGGGGUGCCACCUGCGGGCCACCGCCCGCGGGCUCCGGCGCGCGGCACCCCGGCACCCUGGGCGGCUCCCUACCGGGCUGGGCGGCUCCCCCGCGGGCGCGGGGCGAGGGGCGCGGGGCCUGGGGGUGCAGAGUCGCAGGCCUCGCUGCGGUCCCACCCGGCCGAGAGGCGGCGCGGAGCCCGCACGGGGCCGCCUCUGCGAUUGGCUGCGCCCCCCCUCCCCUGCUCCGCCCGCCGCGGCGCCCGAGGAGCGAGGACGCGGGGACCCGCCUCCCGCCCGCUCCCGACCCCGGGCGCACGGGAUAAAAGGCGGGCGGCGGGCGCGGGAGCCCGGGCCCUGCAGCCUGCGAGCGCCACCGGCGGGCCGGCUUCCCCCGCCGCCCACCCCGCUCCCGGCGCGGCCGAGCUCCGGCGGUACCUGCAGCCGAGCGAGAGAGCCGGGGAGCCCGCGCCGCUGCCUCGAAACUCGCCAAAGUUGAGAGGCUGCCGC